AUGUCGGUCACGCCGCGACGUGUCCGCUUGAAACCGUGGCUAGUGGCCCAGGUGGACAGUGGCAGAUAUCCCGGCCUGUUGUGGCUCGACCGUGAGGCCAUGCGCUUCAAGAUCCCGUGGAAACACGCCACCAGACACACGCCCCAGCACGAGGACGAGGACACCAUAUUCAAGGCGUGGGCUGUGGAGACGGGAAAAUUCCAAGAGGGAACAGAUGAACCCGAUCCCGCCAAGUGGAAAGCCCAGCUACGGUGCGCCCUGAACAAAAGCCGGGAAUUCAAUCUCAUCUACGACGGAACCAAAGAAGUCCCGAUGAACCCCCUGAAAAUAUACGACGUCUGUGACAUCCUGCAGCCACUUAGCAACCCAGGUUCUGCAGACACUGGUUCCUGGACUCCAGGCGAGGAAGACGGCGCUGAGGAAGACGUCCCAAACACACCAGAAUCUCUUCCACCAUAUCCGUCCAACGUUAAAAGUCCUUCUCCUCUUAUCCUGUGGUCCCCUAUGGGUUCAGACUCCUCCAUGCCACCCGCAAGUGGCCCUCCUUCCAAUGAAAAUUGGCCCAAAGAGGAACCGGGGAAAAUUUGGCCUAAGCAGGAGCCGGUAGAUGUGGAGAUGCAGCCCCCAACCCUCAUUGCCAUGCCCCCCGCUACUAUGUCGGAUCAGGCCAUGCAGGUGACGCCUUUAGUGGACUCUUUCUUCGCUUCUCCAGAGAUGUGGAUCAGCUCCCUCCCCAUGACCGACCUGGAGGUCCAGUUUCUGUACCGAGGGAGGGAAAUGUGUCCCACCAUCACAGUCAGCAACCCACAGGGCUGCAGGCUCUUUUACGGCGACCUGGGCCCCAUGGUCAAUCAGGAGGAGCUCUUUGGCCCCGUCAGCCUGGAACAGUUACGCUUCCCCACAACAGAGAAUAUUACCAACGAUAAGCAGAGGCUCUUCACAAGCCGCCUGCUGGAUGUGAUGGACAGAGGUCUGAUCCUGGAGGUGAGCGGCCACGACAUCUACGCCAUCCGCUUGUGCCAAUGCAAGGUGUACUGGUCUGGUCCCUGCGCGCCCAACCCCAAUGCACCAAAUCCUAUUGAGCGACAGAAAAAGGUCAAACUUUUUUGCUUGGAGUCUUUUCUUGGUGGUGUGAUUGCCCACCAGCGUGGCCAAACGCCAGACCCACCGCAGUUUGAAAUCAGCCUUUGUUUUGGAGAGGAGUGGCCUGAUGGAAGGCCGACAGAGAGGAAACUUAUCAUGGUUCAGAUCAUUCCGGUGGUUGCCCGCAUGAUCACCGAGAUGUUUUCUGGAGACAACACGCGCUCUUUUGACAGCGGCAGCGUGCGCCUCCAGAUCUCCAUCCCUGACAUCAAAGACAACAUUGUGACCCAUCUGAAGCAGCUGUAUUGCCUCCUGCACACCAAUCAAGGCCAGGAGGGCUGGGUUUUGCCUUCCGGCUCAGGCCUGAACCUGGUCCAGACCUUACAAGGCCAGUGAAGACUGAUCAUGCAGUAACCUGAGAUCUUUACCACAAGUUUAAUUUAAAACUAAGCUAUUGAUCUGGCUCUACAGCGUGUCUGUGCUGCAUCUAUGCACAGUUUGUGCAGCAGCACUAGUUGGACGAGGGCAAAGUCCGGCCCGCUGCAAGGAAACAUUUAGCAUAGUUAAUAAGUUACAGCCGUUCCAAUCUUUUUUUAUUUAAGUUGUCUUUGAGGGAGUUUUGUUUUUGUUUUUUAACCUAUUUUUAGCCCCUGAAUUGGAAAAAAUAUUUCAAAUGUUUUAUUGUGCAGCUGCCAAAACAAGUAUCUCCCUCAUCAAUGCUUGCAUGUGUUAUUUGGGAAAAAACGUAUUUUUUGCAUUCACUGUAUAUUUUAGCAGAUCUUUGCAUGAGCAUGUGUAUAUACAAAUUUAUAGUUUUUAAUCCAUUUACGUGAUGGAUGCUAAUGCACUUUGGGGGGCUAAAUUUCUGUUAUGUGGCACCUAUACUCUGAUUUUUAUGUACAAUAAAAAUGACACUAGCUUUAACUACA